AUGUCCGACGCUAAAUUCGACGCAGCAACCCAGGCCGAGCUGGCAAAGUUUUUGGAGAUGCAGCAAGCCGAAGUGAGAAUGAAUACACAAGCACAUAAGUUUACCUCUAUGUGCUGGGACAAGUGA